UCCUUCGUAAUAAGCAGCGACGCCUCCCGCGGUCCUGGCUCCGUGGGUCCGGUCGGAUUGGACCUGGGCGCUGGAGCUACUGUGGCUCCCGCCUCGGCGGGUGCGAUGGAGGCUGUGCCGGAGCCAAGCACUCAUGCCAGGGGAGGCCGAGACAGCCGGCGGUGCUAGUAGAUGAGGUGGCGGCGGCGGCGGCGGCAGCCCGGGCUCUCCAUGAGCAAACGGCGGCGGCGACGGGUGCGGCGGCACCGGCGGUUUUCGGUCCCCGGGGAGGAUGAAGACACUGUUUGAAGAGAUCAAAGCAUCAAUUAAAAAUAACUACAACCAAGAUCGAUCAUUCUGGAGACCUGUUCUUCCCUGGGGAGGUGUAUUUACAAUCAAAGCUGGCCGCAAAGCAGUAUCCUGUACACCACUCUAUGUUGAGAUAAAACUGAAAAAUACCUGCACCAUAGAUGGAUUCUUGAUGCUAUUGUAUGUCAUUCUUAAUGAAAAUGAAAAUUUCCCCAGGGAACUCUCUCUUCACUUUGGUAGAGAGUUUGUAGACUGUUUUCUUUAUUUAAUGGACACCUACAGUUUUACAACUGUGAAGCUACUUUGGAUUUGGGACAAGAUGGAAAAACAGCAAUACAAAUCUGAAGUUCAUAAAGCUUCACUAAUAAUUGAUUUGUUUGGGAAUGAGCAUGAUAAUUUUACAAAAAAUCUGGAAAAUCUCAUGUCUACCAUUCAAGAGAGUUACUGUUCCAACUGUCGAUGCCCAACUCGCGUACAGGAAGAUCAGCAGCGCACAAUUAAUAUAAAUCCUCCCCAAGAAAUUCCACAUGGAAACUUGAUACGACUGGCUGUGGAUGAGUUAUUCUGUUCCAAGAUUGAACUGUGUGAAGAGCGUGGGUGUGGUGGCUUAAGAGAAUUUUCCCAGCGAGUUUUUUGCCAUGGGGCACCCCCUUUUGUUGUCUUAAAUAUGCAGCACUGGAAAUCUGAAGAUCUGGCAUAUGUACCCUAUUACUUGGAUUUAUCUGACCACAAGUAUUUGUUGGAAGGUGCCACAUUAUUUAACAAAGAAGAACAUCAUUAUUCUGCGGCUUUCCAGAUUGAUGGACAUUGGAUGCACUAUGAUGGCCUCAGAAAUGUGAAUUUAAUUUUGUUAAAUAAACCCCCAGAGUUUCUCCUCUUGUCAUCAUUGGUUUAUAUUCGAGCAACAGAGAAAUAAAUAUAGACUGAUGCUAAAUUAAAUUGUUUUCCCUCCUGCCCAUGCUCCCCAGAUGAAGGGCUUUAUUUUGUGUAUACUUGGUAUCCAAGGAAAUAGUUCAACUAUAAUAGUUUCAGAGGUGUGUUUUCCAGUGUUUAGCCCCAGGUAAAUCUUUUAUAUAGAGGAUCUAUGCAAAAAUGUUUGUAUUUCUUUAUUAUAUUUCCUAGGUUAUUUUUAUACAAGCAUAUUUUAUGUUGAAAUAAAAUUUAUCUUAUG